CCCAGGGGAGGGGAGGCAGCAGCCCAGGGGCACUUCCCUUCCCUUUCCUUUCCUCCAGCUGCUGGGGUGCCAGAGGGGAGGGAGCCGCCUGCUUUAAGACAAAGGUGCCACUGAAAGGCGGUGCUGAAGCUGUGCCCACCGUUGGGUGCUUUGUGGAGAGCAAUUUGGGGAUGAAAAGAGCUGUUCCUGUCCCUCAACUGCCACCAGUGGGAGGGGGACAGCAGUGACCUGGUGCAGGGAGUGGCAUGGGAGUGACCCGAGCUGGUGGGGGGCAGUGCUGGGGGUGCAAGAGAGUCUCCACCCCCUUGUCCGUUUCCUGGGGCACUGCCCCAGCUCCUGCCUGCAGCCUCCUCCACCUCUGGGCUGUUCUCUGUGCUCAGUGGCAGGUGACAAGGACAGAAGGUGACAAGGACGGCCACAAGGAGCAAACAACCAAACAGCCCCCGGGUUGUGCCCCUGGGGCUGCUCACAGCGUGGCAGCCUCUCCCUCCUCCUCCUCCUCUGCUUUGUUUGUCCCGGGGUGGGUGCGAGGACAGGACAACAGCUCUGUCCCUGUCCCCAGGGACAGCACUGCGGGGUGGGGACAAGGGUGGAGACCUGGCCCCGGUCCCACCAGCACAGCAAAGCCCCUGGGGCUGGGAUCCAUCCGGCCCCAUGGAUCCCUUCUCCCCCAGCCCAGCUGCCGGCAUGGGGAUGGCUCUGGAUGCCUCCCCGAACCCCCAUGUCCCCGACACGGGGGGCCACUACCAGUUCCGUGUCAUCGUGCUGGGGGACGCGGCCGUGGGGAAGUCGUCGCUGCUGCGCUGCUACGCCGAGGGGCCGGGGGGGGCUGUGCCCUGCCCCACUGUUGGUGUGGAUUUCUACAGCCGCACCGUCCCGCUGCCGCCCGCCGGCAGGGCCAAGCUGCAGCUGUGGGACACGGCCGGCCAGGAGAGGUUCAGGUCCAUCACCAGGUCCUUCUACCGGAGCGCCGCGGGCGUGCUGCUGGUCUUCGACCUCACCAACCGGGCGUCCUUCGAGCGCGUCCCCGAGUGGUACCGCGAGGCCGCCGGUGACCGCGCCGCCGCCUUCGUCCUGGUGGGCCAGAAGAGCGACCUGGCGGCCGAACGAGCUGUGUCGGCCGAGGAGGCCGCGCGCCUGGCGGCCUCCCUGGGCAUGGCCUUCGUGGAGACCUCGGCCCGCAGCAACCGCAACGUGGAGCUGGCCUUCGAGACGCUGGCGGGGGGCAUCCUGCGGGCGCUGGGCCGCGGGGCCCUCGCCCCACCCCACGAUUGCGGCGCCGUCAGGCUCAUCCCCAGCCCCAGCCGCCCCCGGCCCCUGGCACGGGGCGAGCCCCAGGGGCGCUGCUGGUGCUGAUGGGGACGGGACCCCCCCAAAAAUGGGGAUGGAGCUGGGGAGCCGCUGCCCUGCUCUUUGCCUGGAGCUCACCCCCCUGGGGCUGUGUUCCCACGUUGGUUUGCCCUUCCAGCUUUGGUUUGGGGGCUGUGGAAACAAUAAUCCCCCACCCUCCAGGGGUGUUUUUAAUAAAUCAGCUGCCUUCUGCAUUAAAAAA